UCAAACAUUGGUCUCAAUUGUUGCUUUGACUCUCUCUCCAGCUUGCUCCUUUACCUCUAGGUCACAUCACUGCUACCUCUGCUCCAAACUCUGGGUUUUUCCAUUGAGGGAGGGGCCCCCACCCAUUUGCCGUCUCGCACUAAAUCCCUGAAUUCCCCUUAAUGGCUCAUCACCCAGGCGAUCGCCUCAGCAGGCGGCUAGCCUGGCUAUUCCAAGCCUUAGAAAUCUGUAUUAAAUUCUAACACUUGCUAGACUAGGGGGGUCUGGCACCCAUCUUAAAACCCAAACUCUUAACAAUAGGUAGAAGCAAAGGCUCCUGGUGCAGAACGGAGUGUGAGUCAUAAGGGGCAGAGAAAGUGCAGAGCCAUUUCCCCCUCAUCCUUGCAGAGAUCUCACUGAUCUCUACCAGCAAAGGAGUUUCAAAAUGGCUGCAAUAUUACCCACUGGCGGGAUGUGCUGUAGCCACUGACGCCACCAGCUCAGUGACCUUUGCUGUUGCUUCCUCAUACUUCAGUAGGAACGGAGGAAGCUACAUCCUACUGAGUCAGUCCACGCUAGGCCACCUACUCCAGUAUUCUCCACACUGAUGGGCAGAGGCCUGUCCAGGAUUUCUCUCCCCGGCCCAACCUGCCACGGAUUCACCUUCUGCAUUCAAUGUAGAUGCUCUGCCACAGAGCUAUGUCAGCACAAGCACAGGAAGAGGUUUCCUGUUUUGCUGUGAGGAUCAAGGAAAAGGGACAGGAUGUCAUCUACCUUCCCAAAGGGGAGUCGGUCAAGCUGGGCUGCCCAUUUGCAUCAGACCCAGAAGACGACACUCCGGACAAUGGCUGGGACAUUGAAUGGAAGCAAGUGAAGCCAGGUCCACAUCCCCAGGAUUACCCGCUCCUGAGUUACCAUGAUAACCGUGUCAUCUACCCUGGACCUCCUGAUCUCCAGCAGAGGGUGGGUUUCAUCUCUCCAGAUCCCAGCCUGUAUGAUGCCUCCAUGCAACUGCGGGACGUGCAGAUCACUGACUCAGCCACAUACGAAUGCAAGGUGAAGAAGACCACAGAAGCCAGCCACAAAGUGACCAUCACUGUACAAGAAAGACCCCUACUCCCGCAAUGCUCGAUAAUCGGUGAAAUAGCCUAUGGGGCGGAUGUCACGCUGCGCUGCUUCACUUCCACGGGCUCACCGCCCCUCACCUACCAGUGGUCCAUGACGCACGGACAUCAAUUCAGGGACUGGAUGCCCCCCGGAGGAUCAAUGGGCUCUGUCCCUGGAGACCUCCACAUCAGGGAUUUGUGCGAAGACCAUGUGGGUACCUACCAGUGCAGUGUGCGGAAUAACGUUGGCGUGGCCUAUUGCUCUGUGGACAUCUACUUUGGCGGAGGUUACCAAAGAGGUUUGAUCAUCGUGGGAUCCGUCAUCAUCCCCCUCCUGGCCCUGGCCCUGAUCAUUGGGGGAUCAUCUGGUGCUGUUCAUGCUGCUGCGGGAAAAGCUGGUGUAGCGGUUGCCCAGGUUGCUACUGCGGGAAGGAUUAUUGCUGGGACUGCUGCUGUUCCGGCUGCACUCAGGAGCCGAAGCAGGAAUACCAGGAGACCAAAGCCAGCGAGAUCUGUGUGGAUGCCGAUGCUCCUCCAAGCAGACCGUGCAGCCAGGCGUUCAGUCGCGCAAGCAGCCUCCAUUCCCUGCUUGGCGGCUACCAGACACGGACUGGCCAGUACGCACAGUGCCGCAAGUACGCCUCCCCCAUCGUUCAGGUGAAGAUGACGUCUCCCCCCGACAGCGACG